AUGCCGCGAUUACUAGAAAGCGAAAUUACAAAGUAUUUAGAAACUCUUGAAGAUUCAGAAGAUGGCUUAGACGGGUCAGACUCCAAAGUAGAGGAUGAAGGUCACUAUUAUCAAACAUCUCGAGAUGUUCUUCGAGACCUUGAAAAUAGUGAUAAGGCCGGCAACGCAUCUGCAAGCCCUGCGGUGUUGCAGAUGUCCAUGGGCGGCGGUGAUCACUUUCCAUCAGAUGUUCGUCUUUUACCAGAAAACCAAGCUUAUUUUGAUUUAAAUCAAUGUAGGAGUCUUGAUUUAAAAUUAAUAAAUGCAAAAUCUAAGCUCCCUUUGAAAAAUAAAGAAACUGAAAAUAUAAAUCCAUAUGAACGUCCAGUACCUUCAACUUCUGGGACAUCUAAAGUGAUCAAAAGGAAAACCCAAAUACAAACAAAAAAACGGAAACUUGAUUAUGACAGUGACGAGGAAAAUGAAGAUAAUUAUUCACUAAGAGAUACUUCAGAUGAGGAAAUAGUCAUGUCUGAAGAUGAGGACAUGGCUUUGUGUGCCAUUUUAAAACACAGUAAAAAGUAUGAGACUGAUUAUUAUAUAAGCAACACAUUGCAAGUGUUGGAUAUUAAUGAUAAUAAUACAAAUCUAAACAACGAGACUAGUUUAAGUAAAAUAAAGGAUUUACACUCAAAAAUUGACGAAACGAAUAUAUCAGAACGGAAAAAUAUCGAUAUAAAUAGUAAGAAAAUUGUUGUUAUAUUGGAUACAGAUGAAAAAGAAAUUAAUGAAAAUGAAAAAGCUGAAAAUUUUUUAGUCUUCAAUAUGGGCGAAAUUGAAACAAAAGAAAAUGAAUGUAUAAAUGACCAUCAGAAAAAAGAAGGUAUAAACUCGAACUUGAACAAUAUUGGAACAAAGGAAAGAGCAGAUAAUAUAGGUGUGAACUCGACUAAUGAACAAAUUAAAAUAAAUGAAAAAACUGAUAAACAGUAUAAAGAAAAAAAUACGUCUAUAGACUUUAAUAUGGAUAAAAUAAAAACAUUCGGAACUGAAAAGAUUAAUAAACAUAAAAAACAAGGAAGUGUGAAAGAGACUGAAAAUUUGGAUCUUAACCAAAAUGAAGAAAUUGAUAAUAUACACGAGAAAAAACAAGAAGUGAUCUCAGAAAUACAUGAAAAUGAAAAAGGAACCAUAUUUUACGAAAACCAAAGUGUUUUAGUUAGAUACACUCCGCGACAAAAGUAUAACCCAGCCCCC